AAACUCGCAUCGUGCUCUGCUGCAUCACAAAGAACUACUAGGUAGAAAAACAUACCCCUAAGGUGGCACGAGGAGGACUGGCUGUUUUAUUGAGCGGAUAAAGUUUCUUCUUUUUGUUUUUGACCUGGAGAAAAUUGCGCCGUCGCGGCGGUGGAAGGAGCAAUCGUGCCAAGCUAGUGCUUCAUCAGACUAUCUGCAGCGCCUCUCAUCUGACUCAUUCUAGCACCGUUCUUGGCGCCACAGGCGGAACCAAAGCGACCUUCGAAGCUUUUGCACAUCGAGCACGUGCCGGACCAGCGGCUGAUAGUGGCUGGCGCACUUCUGCUUGUUGCGCUUCGCAAAUGGAGAUGAACAGCUAUGGAUGCUGCCACGCUGCUGUCGAGACUUAAACGAUGGGCAAUUAACUGAUCGAUUGCCAUCGGCUCGAGGUCGAGCAGCCGCCAGCGCCGGUCCUCUCAUACCCGGCACAAAAGACUGGAAUAAAGCGAGCACCCCUCCUGCAGAAAAUCUUUGCCAGGUCCCGGUAUUGAGAUCAUUCAGUUUCGGGGAACGCCAGUAAGCUCGGGAAGCGAAAGACGGCCACGAAAACCUUCUCGACCACCACGGACACGAUGUUGCUGCCCCCUAUCGGGCUAACCAAGCCCACUGUGGGCGGUAAACACAGUAAGGCGCCGGAGUUUCCGGAAGCGGAACGCAAGGUGAGCAGUGUGAUCCGGCACAAAUACAACAGCAUGACGAGUGGUGGCAGCGGACCAUCGACACGGCGUGGCUCCCAGUCAAGUGGCGCCAUCGGUGAAUGAUUUUUUACAACUUUGACACAUUUGGUCGAGUUCUUCCAGUAGCAAAAGCAAUGGCGCUACUUCUGACGAUAUUGUCAAUAUGAAAUCAUCCGCCGCCGCGCAGCCGCGCUCCUCGAUGACUUUUGAAAUUUGGCUUGCUCCAGUGGCGGCACUAAAACAGCGUCUAUACUUGUUGAAAUCAAACCUCUUUUCCCAGGUCUUUCCACUUCGGUUUCGAUGCACCACCAGAACAGCUCCGCGCGGUUGCAGAGCCACGGCGGGCUCGUUUCUAGCGGUUCGUCGUCGAACCUCCAGCCACACUUGCAGCACUCCACCUCAACCACCUCUUUGCCGCCAGGCGCGUCCGCAUCGACGUCAAGCACCGCAGCUCUGCAGCAAGGCGGCAAGCGCUUUCCACUCACACCACAACCGAUAACGGGUUUGGAGAACUACACCCUGGAGGAAUACGAGCGCAUCUACGCCAUGGUCUCGGACGAUUACGAUCCGGACGAAAGACGCGGGGUUUCCGGCAGCGGGAGCUCAGGGGAGGAGGGCAGCAAAAUUUCACCCGAACUCAAAAGUCAGCUGAUGAACUUCGAGAGGAUCAACGCCCAGGAUCUCGUCGCCAACAUGGAUCGCGACAUGCGAAACAUACGGGAGUUCAAAAACUUUCAGUUUGGAAAGCCGACUGGACUCAACACAAGCAAAACAGAGGAGAUGAAAGUACUACAAACAUAGGUUUGAUUUGAUUCACAAGAUGAACUUUCUUGGAUUCAGAGUGCGAGUGCGAACGACGUCACCGUACUUAGUCGGCCAGAGCACAUGAUGUAUGACUAUGAUAUACUGAUAGUGCCGGUUGGGCUUUCUUUUGAUGCUGCAGCGGUAUUAUUUCUGUUAUAAAGAAAUACAACCAGACAAAGACUGAGCAAAGAAAAUGAAAAUUCCGAUUCUUCAGGCAACGCAAAGUGGCGGAAUGGCAAAAGGCAGUCCGAAAGGUGGUGGGCAGACCGACUUAAGCGCCAGUGCAAAAGACGAAGACCCGAACAAGCACAAAACGAAGCAAGAUAUUGUCAUGGGGCAUGUAGACGAGCGUCGCGCCCUAAAGCCAGCUGCUCUCGCCGAACUGCAGCUCCAGGUCCCCUUCACAAACUAUAAAAUACCCGGCACGCACGAAAGCCUCGGUACAGAAUGAUACUCAUGAUUUUAAUUAUUGGUGCGCCUUUACUGAGGACGACUUAAUAGAGCACAGCGGUCGGAUACGGAUUGUCUGUUCGCCUUGCCUGCUCAACCUCGACCUGCAGAUGCACUCUACAUGAAAACUACAGCAACGCACAAUAGGUUUAUUUGAAAUAGUACUAAAAAAGCAGUGGCAUCGUGGUUCUUUUUCCUAGGGCGGACUCGGUCGAAAAAAAUAACAUAUGUCGCAUCUACAAUACAACAGAGCUGGUCGACGUCCGGAAGCUGGCGGAAGGUGCCAUGUGCAUGGGGAUGUCUGGCGGUGCGCCCACACUGGAGCAGCUGAUGGCCGCGUACAAGCGAAAGCAGAAGGAGAUGCAGUACGAAGACAGCGCAACUUCGGUGAACUUCCUGCGAAAGAACAAGCUCGGCGCCUCGGUCUACGGGCACGCGUCCAGAUCGCGCAGUGUUCCGUCCGUGCUCCCGCUUCAAGUCGAAGAGGAGGAGUGGUACGUACAGGCAUGGUAUCGCAGAAAGUACCUACUACGGGACAGGAUUGAACACAAGAAACUGCACUCGCGAACCUACAAAAAGGCGCAGCGCGACGCGGCAGCAGCGAUAUUACGAGAAGCCGCCGAGGAAAUUUUGAUGAGCCAACGGAAAUGGUUCGUCAUGCUGGCGACGUGGAAAUUCCUCGCAUCCAUUGACGAGUUGAGAAACAGCAAGGAGCUUAGACGGCUCAAGAUGCAGCGAAGGAAAAAAGCAAAAGCAGAAAAAGCCUCCGGUACACCUCCAAAAAGUUUUUUUUCUUCGACUCUAGAUUUAACAAUGAACAGAGCUAGAGCGCACAAAGUAAACUAACACUUGGUAGAAACAAAUUUUUCACUCCGAGGAACGAGUUUCAGCUAGACUUGAUCGCAUCGUACACUCAUAACGGCAGUUGAGGGAGGCGACGGUGGCGAAGGCGGCGCGGCUCCUGCAGAAGGCGAGGAGGCCGCCGAUGCGGGCGACCAAGAACUCGAACGCGCGCAACGAACGGAAGGGCUGUGGAGUCUCGUUUUCUACGCUACUCGUAUGCUCCAGCGACUCUACAAGCAGCGAGCCAAAAGAAGAGCCGUGUCGCGAAUUAUAUGGCUCUUUCGAAUGGUUGAGACCAGCUCAGCACUCAAAAGGGCGGUGAGCUUGAUGUGAUUUGAAUUUGAUUCCUCUGCCCCUUUAAGACUGACACAAAUUUUGACAUGGUUUAGUUGCAUCGCAGUAUUAUCAAAGUUUUCCGUGCAAAGAGAUUGAAAUAGACGCUGCGACGACUUCAAGUAGCUGUAGCUGGGCAUUGUAAACGUCUUUUCUGUGUGAGAAGGACGUAGCCCCAUAUGACGAAAAACAGGUAUUGCGGUUCUCUACCACACUGCGUAGUAUUCCUGUGCGAGUGAAGAUUUACCUGUCAAAUAAGCGCAAGCGACACGGUGAGAUGGAAGCGCAGUGGGCGACCUUUGAGGACGACAUGCUAGAAACGCACUUCCGCAAGCUACGAGCGGCCGUUGUCAAGGAGGCGGUGCAAGCGCGGAAGAAAUCCAUAGGUGCCAGCAAAGACGACACGAUCAUGGAAAUCCUGGAGAGCGGCGGUAUUUAUCUUGCCUUUUCGCUUGUUCGUUGCUACGGUAUGAACGAAUUGUUGAAACACGAUGUAGUUGCCCUCCAGAGGACCUGUCGUGGUGGAUUUCUGAAAAGGAAAGUUGAAUUUUACUCGACAAAAAGGCGGCGUAAACUGGAAGCAAUUCCGAGUACCGACACACAUCCGCAAGGACUACAUUCAGCAGCUCUACAUCGAUCUCAUGCUUCAGAAUCAACGGGCAGCCGCUGCCAUGUUUAAGGUACAACUGCAGACGAUGAGUUGUGCAUUUACAUUUCGAUUUUGCCGUCGCCCUUGCUUGAUCAACUUCAACACGGAAGUGACGAGACGAAGCGAAUACAUACUGUGUCUGUAGCUGUUUUAACAAUUGGGGCUUAUGGCAUGCGCUAGCGUGCACAUUUGUCCCGUUGUGUGCCUGUAAGAACUCGUCUCUACUUAUUUCGCCGCCCGUGCAGAAGUAAUUGUAAUUGAGAAAUGGACUUACAUGACACGAAAAAUAACUAUAUCAGACCGUCAAACGCUGCUACAUGGAGCAGGCUAUCCUGUGCAAAAGUAUCGCACUCGUAUUUUUGCAGUCAUGCAUUACAAAUCUUUUUCUGAAGGUAAAUCCGCAUUACAGAUUUCAUUUCCCGUGCUGAGGAAAUUUGUAAUGCAUUUAUACGAGUACGAUACUUUUGCAGUGCAUACAGGCACAGAUGGUCAACUUCCUCCGAAGGAUGGGCGUCGAAGAGUCAGAGGUUGACAAGGCGAAGUCAGAAAUGGAGCCGAGUACUGCUCUUAGAGAAACUUCUCCUUGUGCUCUUUGUGUUUCGAUUGAUUUUUUUCUAAAAUAGGUGGUUCGUAAACAUGAGUAGGAGCAGUACACCUCGACAAUAGAAGUAUUGGACUUGGAUCAAUCGAGAACAGCGGUCCUAUCUGGUCGUGGUCCUGCUCACGCAGCCAUUGCCGUCCUAAAGUAACUGAUUAUGUAAAAAUCUCACAGCUAACAACCCGUCGACAAAACGGUUUUGGAACAUGACCGACGAGGACCUUGAAUUCGCGAUUCGCAAACUCAUCAACGAACACUGCCGCGACUGGGUACAGCACCCCUAUUUUGUGGAGGAACACGAGCUUGAGGCACAACGAAAUCUGCACGGCAGCAAGGAGUCCGCUUUCAGCACGAGCUCCCUGCAAGCGCAGCGCCUACCUUCUAAGGAAAGUAAGGAGCAAAUGGAGAAAAAGCACCUCGGUACAGAUCCAGAUUCAGUGCAGGGAGAGCAGCCAACCGGCUACACGAGCUCUGAUGGAGAACUGUACGCUGCUAUGAAAAUCUUCAAAUGAAGAUGCAGUAAACCCGCGACCAGUCGGGCGCUGCGGACAGACCUCCGUGCUGGCGGCGCACAUCCUUCCGCAACUGGAUCACCACCUGCGAAUGGUACGGGUCGUGCAGGAUGAAACUACAGAAAAUGCCCACGCUUUCGCAAUCAGCAGUUUUUUGCGGUUUUUUUCUCCUGCUUUUUUGCUUUUGCUUCCAACGAAGGAACAAGAAGAAAAACGUGACUCACGAGCACGACGUCAAUUUUAUGCUUUCGAGAACUGUUUUUUGUUUUACCACGUUGAUCCUGAGAACCUGAAGUCCCUUUUUCACUAUAGAUACUGUUGUUUACACCAAUCUUCAUGGUAGAAAUCCACGACGAGGGUUGAUUACGGACCCAAGCUGAGCUGCAAGUCCAAGGACUCGGACUGCUUCUGUAAAAACUGAUGCUGAAGAAUCGUCUAUGUUUCUUUUUUGAUUUGUUUCGCAUGCACGUCGUCCGUCCCGUAUGGCAUUGUAAAAUCUUAAUCUAAAUAAUCGACGAAGAAAGCAGAAAAAA